UGUGCCCAUAGUUUCCUGUGCUACGAGGAAACGGUGCAAAAACCAGGAAGCCGGAAGCGAGGAUAAGAAGAGGAGGAAGAGCGUGACCGUGCAGUCAUCCAUCGAUGGCAGUCCCUUUUUCCCAAGCUGCAGCUUUGCAGGCGAUUUCUUGCGCCCUGCGGUCUGCACUGCACCUGCACGGGCACUCUGCACUGCACCGCUCUCCCAAAGCCGGAAGGCUCGGCCUACUGCAACACACAAGCGCCCGCACCGAGCCACUGCAUCUGCAUGCACGACCGUCGUCGUCGUCAGUCACAUGAGAGGAGAGGCCUCGCACCACCACCACCAUCACGGGCCACGGCUCCGUCACUUUUCCCCGACCUCUUCGUGCUCUCUUGUCAGCCUCCACACACACACACACACCAGCCCCCCCGUCUCUCCUGUCCCCUCGCCGAGGCGCCAUUGCCUUCUUCAGGUCGCCUUUCAACAGUUCCCCGGCCGGCCUCUUACAAAGCCAGCCAGACAAUGCCGUGCCAUUAUGCAUGCACAAUCCAACACUAGCUACCUAGGCCCUCCACUUAGGCGGGCUUCUUGCUUCUUUCGCUCGCUCACUCGUCACUCAUCCAUCCACUUCCAGUGAGCCUCUCGCUGCAUUCUCCAUGGGAGGCGGCAUAAAGCAGCUGGUGGCGAGCCUGCUGGGAGCGGUGGGUGGAGGCCAGAGGUGCGCCAAGGAGAGCACGCAGCCGCAGCCGCAGACAGUGGAGCUCAGGGUCCGGAUGGACUGCGAGCGCUGCGAGCGCCAGGUCAAGAAGGCACUCGCCGGCAUCAGAGGGGUGGAGCGCGUAGAGGUGAACAGGAAGCAGCAGAGGGUGACCGUCACUGGCGUCGUGGACCCCCACAAGGUCCUGCGGCGGGCCCAGUCCACAGGCAAGAAGGCUGAGCUGUGGCCCCGGAAUCAUCAUCAUCCUGGCUACGACGACCACAGCGCUGCCGUCACGGCCCGCUACGGCGCCAUCGGAGCGGCCCAGGCCAAUGACAGGUGGGCCCCAUCUCCCUACCGGCAGAACGCGGACGCAGUCGGCGCCGAGCAGAUCACCAGCCUGUUCAGCGACGAGAACCCGAACGCCUGCUCCGUCAUGUAGCGCCACAGCGUCUCAUACAGAGGAGUGGUUGGUUUUUAUGCUUUUUUUUUGCGGUUUUUUUAUGCUUUAGCUAGAUAGUCGUAGGAGUAGAAGCUCGCUGGGUUCGCUCUUGCCAAUUUACCUUGCCAAACCUCACAAAACUUGCCGUUUCCGGCAGCCUCCGGGACCUGCGAAACGUUGUUGCCGUGCCAAAAUUUUGGCUACCAAGUACUACCAACCAACAAAGCAUGGCCUUGGUGAGAA